UAAACUAUACGUGUUUCCGCUAAUUGUAACACAGUGAUACCAGAGGAACUUGUGCUCACGAAUUUGAGGUUGAUCUGUGAAAGCUUCUUUGUUCUCUGGUGCUGUCCGAAACAAGUUUAAGCUCUACCAUGGUUGACAAAAUGAGCAUGUCUCUGGACGACAUUAUCAAGCUUAACAACAAAGGAAGCCGUGGCGGAGGUGAACGUUCAGGUUUCGCCGGUGGGUCCUCGAGGUCGGAGCGGAGUCGACCCAAUCAUUUCAACCGCGAGAGAGACAACAGGCCCGCACCGUACACCAGACCCAGAGAGUUGCCAGACAAAUGGCAGCACGACAUGUUUGAGCAGCACUCUGGUGAACACAGAGGACAGAGCUCAGGAACAGAAAGAAGAGGAGAAAAUAGGGCUAAGCUGCUAAUUUCCAAUCUGGAUUUUGGAGUGUCCGACACAGACAUUCAAGAGCUAUUUGAAGACUUUGGCCCUCUGAGGAAAGUAGCAGUCCACUAUGACCGGUCUGGUCGCAGUAAAGGAAGUGCGGAUAUUUGCUUUGAAAAUCCGGCAGACGCAAUCAAAGCCAUGAAGCACUAUAAUGGAGUCCCUCUUGAUGGUCGCCCAAUGAAGAUUGUCCAAGCGACAUCAGACGUUGACUCUCAAAGUAGACAAUCUACACAGAGUUCCAACAGAGGCUUUGACAGGAGUAGGCUUGGUCCGCCCACGUUUGACAGGAGUGACCGAAGUGAAAGGAGGCAAGACGGCAGCAGUGGAGGCUCAAGAGGUUGGGGAAGAGGGAGAGGAAGAGGAAACAGACCCCAGCUAUCAGCUGAAGAAUUGGAUGCUCAGUUGGACGCUUACAAUGCAAUGGCAAACAACAAUUAGAACCCUUUUGGAAAGAAACAUAAAAUCUACAUUUUUGGGGAUCAUGAUGGAUCUUAUUUAAUUUUUGUCUUGAAACCAUUUUGCCGGUUGGAACCAUCUGUUCCGUUUUAAACAUUUUUACAGUUUUCUCAGUUCCAAAUUUGUUUUGUUUUUGGCAACACUGGCUUUUGCUUCUUAAAUAGCUUUGGAGUUUUUUUUAAUUGCAAGAUAAUUUAGUACUUUAAUACCCUUUUUAUGUUCAAACGUUUCAUAUUAUCUGUCACUUGGUACUGUAUAUUUGAUAUGUGAACAUCCCAGGGUUUUGUACAUAAAUACACAAUGAAAAUUG